AUGAACAACUCCAUUACAUCUUGCAAGGAUAACUGCACUAGCUUGCUCGUGUCUCUGUGGUCCUUUUCUCUUUCGCUCCCUCUUUGGUGGUAGAACAUGCCAUUUAAUAUGGUACACUUGUCACAGACCUAGGCUUGUAUAAAGCUAUCCUCCUUAGUCCUCAUUCUUGCAUAUCAAAAGUAAAAGAGUUGUUCUACUGUACUCGGGUAAUUUCUACUAAUUAUCUCCAUGGACAGCCUAUUUUCUACUGGUUCUUUGGUGACUCUGAGUCUAAUACUGGCAUUGACCACUGUUGCUCCUCAAGCCGAGGCUCGGGCGUUCUUCGUUUUCGGAGAUUCAUUAGUAGACAAUGGCAACAAUGACUACCUGGCCACCACGGCCCGUGCGGACUCACCGCCUUAUGGCAUUGACUACCCGACUCACCAACCCACCGGCCGCUUUUCUAACGGCCUCAACAUACCCGAUAUCAUCAGUGAGCAAAUGGGUGCUGAGCCCACAUUACCAUACUUGAGUCCGAUGCUCACCGGAGAGAGACUUCUUGUUGGUGCCAACUUUGCCUCUGCUGGGAUUGGUAUCCUCAAUGACACCGGGAUUCAGUUUCUGAAUAUAAUCCGAAUUGGAAGGCAGUUGGAGUAUUUUCAACAGUAUCAGAAUCGGGUGAGUGGUCUUAUUGGACCUGAGCAGACUCAACGACUUGUUAACCAAGCACUUGUCCUCAUCACCCUUGGUGGCAACGACUUCGUCAACAACUACUAUUUGGUUCCACUCUCUGCCAGAUCUCGCCAGUUCGCUCUGCCUGAUUACGUCCCCUUCCUCAUUUCCGAAUACAGAAAAAUUCUAGUGAGGCUGUAUGAAUUGGGAGCUCGAAGGGUUCUAGUUACAGGUACAGGACCACUGGGUUGUGUGCCAGCAGAAUUGGCCCAGCGGAGCAGAAAUGGAGAGUGUGCAGUUGAAUUACAGCAAGCUGCAGCCUUGUUCAACCCACAACUUGUUGAAAUGUUAGGCGGACUUAACAGUGAAAUUGGAGGAAAUGUCUUCAUAGCUGCGAAUGCCAUGGAAAUGAACAUGGAUUUCAUAUCUGAUCCUCAGGCGUAUGGAUUUGUGACCUCAAAGGUAGCUUGUUGCGGACAAGGACCCUAUAACGGGCUCGGGCUAUGUACAAGGCUCUCCAACCUGUGCCCAAACCGAGACAUUUAUGCAUUUUGGGAUCCAUUCCAUCCAUCCGAAAGGGCGAACAGAAUCAUUGUGCAACAGAUGAUGACUGGCUCCUCCAAGUACAUGAACCCUAUGAAUCUCAGCACCAUCCUGGCCUUGGAUUCCAAGACCUAAUAUUGUCCUUCUCUUUUAUUAAUUUGUGUUAUCUCUUCAUGAUGACUGUAUCGUACUCAAUUCAAGUUGUUUGUUUGUUCAAAUGUCAUGCAGUUAGAGCAAGCUUGUGAUGUUUAAAAGGCAUAUGUACUGUUCAUUGAGUGAUCAUUGGAAGGUUUCAUCAUCAAAAAUAGUUG